UGACGUCACUGAGGCGCCCUAGCUGCUCCUGCUGGGCAAAAAAAGAUGGGAAAAUCAAACAGACACCUAUCGAUUUACUAGCACUAAAAAAAUCACACAUUUUGUGGCAUUUAUUGGCCAAUAAGGUGUCUUAUUGGGCAGCGAUACUGAUUUGAACAAAAGCAGACGACAAGAAUGCUAGGUUAUUGCAGAGGUUCUCACCACUAUUGUGUUGGUAGCCAAAGCGAGGAGGAAAAAAAGGAGGUUCUGCUGGUUUCACCACCGAUGCAAGAGACCAGCCGCCAUAUAUCACAUUGAACGCCUGUUUACUGGAAUGACAGAUUGGCAUCAUAUUUAGAGACAGCAGCUGCAUGGGCUCCGUUGGAAAAGGGACAUCUGUGGAUGCCGCCUGUCGCUGUGAACGUGGAGAGACUUAUUUGAUCAUGAACAUUGUGCUUUGCGUCUCCAGCUGAGCAGGCUUGCCACAAUCACAAGCACAAAUCAGCAAGAUUAUUAACACAGCCCCCCCCGGCUAUCUACACCUCCUUUGCUGCCAGCCCUAAGAGCCCUCUAUUCAACAUGUAUGGUAGCGCCCGCUCUGUUGGCAGAGGGGAUGCCAACCACAGUGGUGGCAGGGAUGCAGGCGGUCGCGGUAAUCAGGGGUCAGGUCGCUCCCCUCGGCUCCCGCGCUCCCCCCGUAUGGGCCACCGCCGCACAAACAGCACCGGAGGAAGUGGAGGUGGUACUGGAGGCGCAGGAGGUAAGACGCUCUCCAUGGAGAACAUCCAGUCCCUCAAUGCAGCUUACGCCACUUCAGGACCCAUGUACCUGAGUGACAAUGAGGUGGCCAUGGGUGGUGGGAGCGAGCACCUUCCCAAAAAUGUAGGCACGGCCAUGACCACCAUGGGGAGGCAGAGGGUAACCUACGGAUCGAGGAGCAGCAGUAGCGGAGUGGUGGCGGCUAGCACUCCUAACAUCUCCACCUCGGUGCCUUCAAGCGCUGUGCUACCUGCAGGCCUGAUGGCGGGGGAUGCGUUGGCUUUUGGGGACCACCACAUGGCGUCAACUGUACCUCAUUCUUUAAGACAGGCCAGGGACAACACCAUACUUGACCUUCAGGCACAACUUAAAGAGGUGCUAAGAGAAAACGAGUUGUUGCGGCGGGAAGUAGAAGUCAAAGAGAGCAAGCUGAGCUCUUCCAUGAAUUCCAUCAAGACGUUUUGGAGCCCGGAGUUGAAAAAAGAGCGAGCGCUCCGCAAAGAUGAAGUGUCAAAGAUUUCCGUGUGGAAGGAGCAAUACCGUGUGAUUCAAGAUGAGGCUCAGCAUCUCCAGAUGACAGUACAGGCUCUUCAGGAUGAGCUGAGGAUCCAACGAGACCUGAACCAACUGCUCCAGCAAGACCCUGCCAGUCAAGGCCGGGACCUGGCCCUUUCGUCUGAACCUACUGAAGAGAACUUCAGGCGCCUCCAGUGCGAGCAUGACAGACAGGCCAAAGAGCUCUUUUUGCUCAGGAAAACCUUGGAGGAGAUGGAGCUGAGGAUUGACACGCAGAAGCAAACCCUGGGCGCCCGAGACGAAUCCAUUAAGAAGCUCCUGGAGAUGCUGCAGAGCAAAGGUCCAUCUGCUAAGGCGUCAGAGGAGGACCAGGAACGCACCAGGAGGCUGGCCGAUGCAGAGAUGCAUAGGCAUCACCUGGAAAGCCUACUGGAUCAGCGAGACAGGGAGAUCACUGCAUUGAGAGAGGAGCUACACCGCAGAUAUGAGGGAACACCAGAGUCCACCAAAACUAAGGCUUUGCAGACAGUCAUUGAUAUGAAGGAUGCCAAGAUCAACUCCAUGGAGCGUAGCUUGAGGGACAUGGAGGAGGAACUUCUUGUGAUGAAGUCCAACGGGCUUCUGAGCUGUGAGGAACGCCAGGAGGAGAUGAAGCAGAUGGAGGUCUACCGCAGCCACACGAAGUUCAUGAAAAACAAGAUGGAGCAGGUGAAGCAGGACCUCUCCAGGAAGGACACAGAGCUGCUUGGCUUGCAGACCAAGCUGGAGACGCUGACCAAUCAGUUUUCAGACAGCAAACAGCAUAUUGAAGUCCUCAAGGAGUCACUCACUGCCAAGGAGCAGAGAGCUGCCAUUUUACAGACAGAGGUGGAUGCCUUGCGUCUGCGCCUGGAAGAGAAAGAAGCCACUCUGAAUAAGAAGAGCAAGCAGAUCCAAGAAGUCUCAGAGGAGAAGGGAACACUCAGUGGAGAAAUCCACGAUCUCAAAGACAUGCUGGAGGUGAAGGAGCGCAAAGUCAAUGUCCUGCAGAAGAAGAUUGAGAAUCUACAGGAGCAGCUGAGGGAUAAGGAGAAGCAGAUGAGCAGCCUGAAGGAGAGGGUCAAGUCCUUGCAGGCUGAUACCUCGAACACAGACACUGCCCUCACCACACUGGAGGAGUCUCUUGCAGAAAAAGAGCGCAUCAUUGAGCGACUGAAAGAACAACGAGACCGAGACGACCGAGAGAAGACGGAGGAGCUCGAUUGUACCAAAAAGGAGCUGAAAGAGCUGAAGGAGAGACUGAGCUUACUGCAGGGAGACCUGUCAGACAGGGAGACGUCUCUGCUGGACCUGAAGGAGCAUGCAUCAUCCCUGGCCUCCUCAGGCCUGAAGAAAGACUCUAAGCUCAAAAGUCUGGAGAUUGCCCUGGAGCAGAAGAGGGAGGAAUGUCUCAAACUGGAGAACCAACUUAAGAGAGCUCAGAAUGCAGCUCUGGAGGCUCAAGCCAACACUGAGCUGGCAGAGCGCAUUAAGAGCCUUGAACAGGAAGUGGCCCGCCACAAAGAGGAUUCUGGAAAAGCGCAAGCCGAGGUGGAUCGUUUGCUGGAGAUCCUCCGGGAGAUGGAAAAUGAAAAGAAUGACAAAGACAAGAAGAUCAACGAGCUGGAGAGUCUGGCCUCCAGGCAGAUGAAGGACCAGACGAAAAAGGUGGCAUCUCUGAAGCAUAAGGAACAGGUGGAGAAAAGCAAGAAUGCGCGGCUGAUGGAGGAAGCCAAAAAACGUGAGGACAACAUGUCAGAAAGCUCGCUGCAUGUGAAGGACUCAUUGCGUCAGAAGUCCGAGCGUAUAGAGGAGCUGGAGGAGGCCCUGAGAGAGAGCGUUCAGAUCACGGCUGAGCGAGAGAUGGUGCUCGCUCAGGAGGAGGCUGCCAGGUCCCUGCAGGAGAAACAGAAGUACUCACACAAAGCAAUGCAUGAGUCCAACCUCGCCCACUUAAAGUGGUCUAAGAUGGAGGAGUUGCUGGGUGCCAUGGAGAAAGUGAAGCAGGAGCUGGAGUCCAUGAGGGCCAAGCUGUCAUCUACACAGCAGUCCCUGUGUGAGAAAGAGGCACAUCUUACCACCCUGCGAGCCGAGCGCAGGAAGCACCUGGAGGAAGUGCUGGAGAUGAAACAGGAGGCGCUGCUGGCCGCCAUUAGUGAGAAGGAUGCUAACAUUGCUCUGCUGGAGUUGUCCUCCUCCAAGAAGAAGAAGACCCAGGAUGAAGUGUCUCUGCUCAAACGAGAGAAGGACCGACUGGUGCAACAGCUCAAGCAGCAGACUCAGAACCGCAUGAAGCUGAUGGCAGACAACUAUGAGGACGAGCACCUGAAGACAGCCCCCGACCAGACCAACCACAAGCCCUCCCCAGACCAGAUGAUAUCCCCUCUUGUAGCCCUGUGCCAGAACCGCAGCAAACUCAAGCUCUACAUUGCACACCUGACCGACCUCUGCCACGACCGCGACCCCAGCAUCCUCAGCCAGCUAACGCCACCUGCUCACUAUAACCACAGCGACCCAGACCACUGGGAGGAAAGCCUCCACAAGAUGACGGCGGAACAGCUGGAGAAGGAGCUGGAGCUGUGCGAGAAGGAGAGCGGCGAGCUGCAGGAGUACGCCAACUGUGUCUUGCAGCAGAUCGCCGACUACUGCCCUGACAUUUUGGAGCAGGUCGUCAAUGCUUUGGAGGAGUCUUGCUGACCUCACAGGAAACAUCCAGUUUGGUCUUUAAAUUUCCUUCUGUGCCGUCAUCUUUCCACCCUUGGAGGUCUUGUAAGUGCUUUCCUGUCCUGGGCUGCCGUUGUUACACUUAAACAAUACCAAACCAAUAAGACAGCACAAUAUGGGUCAGUGAAAACAACAUUAUUGCACACUUGCACCCAUGUGCACUGGGAAAUAAUACAGUGGAACCUCUAAAAUAGACGUGUGACGAUUUUUUUCCAUAGGAAAUAAUGUAAAAGUCUGUUACAGUGUCAAACUCUUGCCAUCGUAAAACAUUUAAUAACGUUCAUACAUGUGUAAAUUCAACCCAUGUUUGUAAUGUGGCACAAACAAUAGAACACUACAGCUGAGGGGUGCUCAGAUCGAUCAGUAUCGGCUGGUAUCAGUGAUAAAAGCAUGGCAUCUUGCUUUAAAAUGCCGAUCCCCUCCACCGAUCAGCUCCGUCCAUGGUGCAGCAUUCAGAAGAAACAUGCCUGCCCUGUCUUUAUAAGAGUGAUAUAAGUUUUGUACCCUGCAAAACGUUCCUCAAAAAAUGUCUCACCGGGGUGACUGUUUUUAAAAGCUUUAAAUUGGUCUGGCAUUUGGGCGCGAGCAUGUAGCAGGGUGUGGUGAGUUUGAGGCUCGCGAUGUGAUCAUCUGUUUCAGCAGUGGUACCAAACAUAGUGCAGCUCAGAAGGCAGUGGAUGCGGCUGGAGGGGCCCAACAGAGGAGGGCAAUCCUGCUUUUCAUUCAGGUUUUUCAGUGUAAAAUAGAAAACGUCAGUUGUGGAUACCAGCAUUUUAAUUGUUAAUGUUCUGGUAAAACAAGCAUAUUGGCUUGAAAUAAGCUAUGAAAAUAAAUAUUAUAAAAAUGAGUAGCUCUUGGCCAUUUUCAUUUAGUAAAAGUAGCUCUCACAAGAAUCUUGGUGAUCCAUAAUACAGCCAGUAGUACAUUUAAACAUUUACACUGCAUGUAUGUGAUCAGUAUUGGUAUUGGCCGUUUUCACUCACAGAUUAUCGGGAUCAGUAUCGGCAGCAUAAAGGCCUUAUGGGAUCAUCCCUACUAUUGCUCAACGUCAAAAAUGAGCCACAAGUCAUGUCACGGAUGCACCUUGCAUGUCUUGCAAGAGCAAAGAGAAGUUACACAGUAAAACAAAGUGCUGCCCUUCAACCUUGAUAGUACCUCACGUAACUUCUGCUACUUCUUUUUGGAAUAGGUGUUGCAAAAAAGCCAAAGACAAAGCAAGAUUGUUUAUGCCUGUUGUACUGAACAUUCAUUCAUUCAUUCAUUCAUUCAUUCAUUCAUUUUCUACCGCUUUUCCUCACGAGGGUCGUGGGGGCGCUGGAGCCUAUCCCAGCUGUCUUCGGGCGAGAGGCUGGACUGGUCGCCAGCCAAUCACAGGGCACAUAUAGACAAACAACCAUUCACACUCACAUUCAUAUCUAUGGACAAUUUGGAGUCGCCAAUUAACCUAGCAUGUUUUUGGAAUUCGGAGAAAACCCACGCAUGUACGGGGAGAACAUGCAACUCCACACAGAGAUGGCCGAGGGUGGAAUUGAACCCUGGUCUCCUAGCUGUGAGGUCUGCGUGCUUGUACUGAACAUGUUCACUUCAAAGUUUUGUGAUUGUACAUAUUUCAAAUGCAAGAUUUAGUCCAAGUCUGAAUUGUACAACCUCAGUGGGUGUUGUAGUUUAAAGGUUCCACUGUAUUGGGUUCAAGAAGGGGGGCUAAUAAUAGGAAACCCGAGCACAAAAUCUGCAAGUUUACUCUCUGUGGAUGGCUUCAAUUCACAGUACCAUCAAGCACAGUUAAAAGCAAAUGUUUGGUCAAUACCUUUUGAUAACAUUUCAUAUUAACACAAAGGGCAGGAAAACACUUAGGGUGAGUGCAGAUUGAGAGCGGGGCGGAUGAGGACCCUUGGAUUUUGAUGUUGGAGCUUGCGGGUCCUCUGGUUUACAGUAUCUCCCAAAAACGAGCACAUGCAGCACAUUCCAGCACCAUUUGAUUCGAUUUUGUCAAGGGACAAUACUAGAAAAGUGACAUUCAAGGGAAUAUUUCAUUAUUAUUCAUUCAUUCAUUUUCUACCGCUUUUUCCUCACGAGGGUUGCGGGGGUGCUGGAGCCUAUCCCAGCUGUCUUUGGGCGAGAGGCGGGGUACACCCUGGACUGGUCGCCAACCAAUCACAGGGCACAUAUAGACAAACAACCAUUCACACUCACAUUCAUACCUAUGGACAAUUUGGAGUCGCCAAUUAGCUAGUUCAAGUUCAAAGUUCAAAAACACUUUAUUAAGGCAUUAAUGGCUGUGUUGCUUCGUUUUCGGUGGAUAGUAAAUCUACACUACUAUGCAAGAUGUAGACUGGUUAGUGUAAAAUGUCAUUUCUAUAGUACUGCCCCUUGACAGUGUGUAAUAACAAUGUUUUUGCCCCACAUUUCUGUGAGAUACUGUAGCUCUUGUUUCUGCUACAGGAUUCUGCAGAGGGGAUCUUUGAUGUCCCACACUAUGGUUUUAAUACAGGGACGAGAGAAAGGAGGAAGUAAAAUAUUUGUGACAUAUUAAUUUGUCAAUGGUUUUGCACACACACAGUGUCUACUUGUGAUGAGGUAUGCAAAUGUUUCUUUUGAGAACGUUCUAAUAGUGGCCUUGGAGCAUGCACAGAUGGGUACCGGACCUAAAGCAGGGAUGUGUGUUCCUCUGUACUACUGGUGCUAAUAAGGCAUGAUGAAAUAACAAUGAUGUAUUGUCCUUGUGGUAUGUUGGGUUUUCAUCCAAAAACUGUUAAACUUCAAGCCCCAAAAUAAUAGUUGACCCACUGCACAAAUGUAAGGCUCCUUUUGAUUAUUUUUUUUGUGAUCUCUUCAGGGCUCUUUUAAUUCAUUUUCAAAUAUUUUGUUUGUAAAUAUUUAACAGUGACUGACUUAAAUGGGCGAUGUCGUGUUCUUUGGAAAUUAAAAAAAAAAGUCAAAAGCAGUGCUGUUUGUCAUGGAGACAAAAUAUGUGCGUGUGAGUACUGCUGACUACUUAUGGAAAAUCCUCUAUAGUAAACUUUACAAAUAUAAAUGCAUAGAUAUGUAUAAAUGUUAACUGUAUGGCUAUACAUUGAAUGUUUGCACAGACCCUUUUGGGACCAGUGAGAUACUCACUGGAACAAGGUCAUUAAGAUUAAAUGUCAACUAAAAAUUGAUUGUCUGAUGGAAGUGUUUUUACAUUUUUGUUCAAACAUUUAGUGCAAAUUGUCAUUUAUUUCCACGUAACCGAGAUUAUUGUGCGGUGGUAUAUUUCUUUAGCCUCCAGUCAGUUAUUGUCGUACUCAUUUAUGUACGCUUUAUGAAUUGGAAGGCAUUCCUUUUUAUCUGUGUGUUCCUGAAUUUGCCUUAAAUGUCUCAUUCUCAUCUUCUCGUUGGUGAAUUCAUGUGACCAUUUUUUUUUGGUUUGGUUUUUAAUUCAUUCACUUUUUCGCAUUUUCAAAAACAAAAAUGUGCUACUUUCAAUCUGUUUAUGUUGCAAGAAAACAAACAGGCCGUGUUUGUGAGUUAUUUGGGUUUUUGUAUGUAUGUAAAUAAAUAAAUUAU